CUCUGUCACAACGUUUCAUUACGCGACAGUCGCGCUGACGCGCUGCACUUCCACGAGUGUUUGAGUUUGUGUGGAGUGAGAUCUCGUGUUGUGUGAUCUUACCUCAGUGCUUGAAGUGUGUGUGUGUGUGUGUGUGUGUGAGUUUCAGUCAUGGCAGUAGACGGAAUAGACCAGCGCGCGCUCCAAUAUGAGCAAACUUUGAUGUAUGGGCGGUACACUCAGGAACUGGGUGUUUAUGCAAAAGAAGAGGCGGCCCGACUGCGAGAGGAUGGCCGUCACCGCCGUUCCAUCUCCGAACGCAGCCCGUCACUCAAAGUGCUGGAAUAUGAGAAGGGACGAUGCGUCAAGUGUCGAAGGUAUUCGUACGCCCUGGAAUCCACACCUCGGGCCUUUUUUUCUGUCUGUACAGUUCACUGUCAGAGGUUCCUCAUGUCUCGGGUGGGUGAGGACUGGAUCUUUCUCAUUCUGCUGGGUCUGGUCAUGGCGCUGGUCAGCUUUGUUAUGGACUUCUGCAUCGCUCUUCUCUUACAAGCACAGAAGUGGAUGUACGGUGGUUUGGACAGUAAUGUGAUCUUACAGUAUCUGGCGUGGGUCACUUAUCCUGUGGUUCUCAUCAGUUUUUCUGCUGGAUUCACACACAUCGUGGCUCCUCAGGCCGCCGGGUCCGGCAUUCCUGAGAUGAAGACGAUCCUCAGAGGAGUGGUGCUAAAAGAAUAUCUCACUUUAAAAACAUUUGUAGCCAAAGUGGUCGGUCUGACAUGUGCGCUGGGCAGUGGAUUACCUCUGGGCAAAGAGGGGCCGUUCGUUCACAUCGCCAGCUUGUGUGCCGCUCUGCUCUGUAAAUUCAUGUCAUUAUUUGGUGGAAUUUAUGAGAAUGAGUCCAGGAACACAGAGAUGCUCGCUGCUGCUUGUGCGGUCGGGGUCGGCUGCUGCUUCGCUGCUCCUAUUGGAGGUGUGUUAUUCAGCAUUGAGGUCACAUCCACAUUUUUUGCCGUCAGAAACUACUGGCGAGGAUUCUUCGCUGCUACAUUUAGUGCCUUUAUCUUCAGAGUUCUAGCGGUGUGGAACAGAGACGAAGAGACGAUAACCGCUCUCUUUAAAACCCGCUUCAGACUGGAUUUCCCCUUUGACCUGCAGGAGCUUCCGGCCUUCGCAGUGAUCGGGAUUGCCAGUGGAUUUGGUGGAGCUCUGUUUGUGUACCUGAACAGACUGAUUGUUCAAUUUAUGAGAAAACAGAAAACCAUCAACAAGUUCCUGAUGAAGAAGCGUCUGUUGUACCCGGCGCUGGUCACUCUGCUGGUCACAACACUCACCUUUCCUCCAGGAUUUGGACAGUUCAUGGCAGGACAGCUCACACAAAAGGACACACUGGUGUCAUUCUUUGACAAUCACACCUGGGCAAAGCAAGGAAUCACAGAGGACUUCAUAUACAACAGCCACUCGGCCGCCUGGAAACAUCCGCAGGCAAAUAUCUUCAUCGUCCUCGUCAUCUUCAUCGUCAUGAAGUUUUGGAUGUCAGCUUUAGCCACGACUCUUCCAGUCCCCUGUGGAGCUUUCAUGCCUGUGUUUGUCAUUGGUGCUGCGUUCGGGCGUUUGGUGGGUGAGAGUAUGGCCGCAUGGUUUCCAGAGGGCAUUAAUUCAGAUGGAACCAUCUACCCCAUAGUGCCCGGUGGAUACGCUGUUGUGGGAGCGGCUGCGUUAUCGGGUGCUGUCACACACACGGUGUCGACGGCCGUGAUUGUGUUUGAGUUGACGGGUCAGAUCAGUCACAUUCUGCCCAUCAUGAUCGCUGUGAUUCUGGCCAACGCCGUCGCUCAGAGCCUCCAGCCGUCCAUCUAUGACUCCAUCAUCCGCAUUAAGAAACUGCCGUACCUGCCCGAGCUCGGCUGGGGUCACCACGAGAAAUAUAAUAUCCGUGUGGAGGACAUCAUGGUGAGAGACGUCCAUUACAUCACUCUAAACUCCACCUACAGAGACCUGCACGAGAUUCUUCUGAUGGGAAACCUGAAAACAUUAGCACUGGUGGAGUCUGCAGAGUCGAUGAUCUUGUUGGGUUCUAUUGAGCGUGCUCAGUUACAGGCGCUCCUGACACAGCAUCUGGGUAGCCAGCGGCGUCUGGAGUACAUACAUGAGCGUGCAGAGGAUGAGAGGAAGCGCAUGUCAGUGAUCAGCACCCCCAGCAGUGAGGAGGGAGGUCACAAGGUCAACCACGAGGUUCGAUUUCAGAUCUCCACAGAUGAAUCCUCAUUCCCUCCCUCUCGACCUGUUUCUCCUAAACCUCUCAAACCAGCGCUGAAGAGAUCGUCUGUCGCUGAGAAGAACACAGACAUUCCCACAAGUCCUCAUGAAUCUGGCAUCGGUCUGAAGAAUCUUCUUUGUGUUCAUCCUCAGACAGAAACACUGGAGAAUAAUAAUGUGAUGACUGCUGAUCUCAGACCAGUUAAACGUGUGAGGAUUUCAGUCGUGGACGACCCGGACAUAGAAGACGAUAUGACACUUCGAGAGAUUGAGGAGUGGGAGGAGCAACAGCUUGACGAGCAGGUGAACUUCAACAACUGCAAGAUUGACCCCGCCCCCUUCCAGCUGGUGGAGCGCACCUCACUGCACAAGACGCACACCAUCUUCUCUCUGCUGGGUCUGGAUCACGCUUACGUCACCAGUAUCGGGCGUCUCAUCGGGGUGGUUUCACUGAGAGAGUUGCGUAAAGCCAUCGAGGGCUCCAUGACGGUGAAGGGGGUGAAGGUUCGUCCGCCGCUGGCCAGUUUCCGGGACAGUGGGACCAGUGGAACCAGCAGCGAAAGUGAAGCCACGGAGCUUCACAAACUGUGGGAGCGUCACACAAACCUCACGCUGCCCAGAGAACAUCCGCCCAACUCCUCGGACUCAGACGACAAGUCCCACUGACGUCACAGAACCAUGAGACGCACAAAACAGUCCACAGUUCUCUAGACGGACUCCCGAACGUCCACCGGCUGGAUUAUUUGGGUCUCGUUGAAAUCUUCCUGACAAACACUAAUUCCAUUUCCUGUUAUGGGAAAGAAUCAGGGACUCUUGUUCUUGUCAGAUUGUGUGUGUGGUGUUGUUUCUUUACAUUCCCUUUGUGUUUUAAUCUUGAUCACUGGACACUUUCUCUCCCCGUCUCUUGAUGGGUUCUUUUUUAAGCAAGAGGUGGGCAUUGAGUUUCUCUCCAUAUAAAGACACUGAUGCUGGUGUGGGCGCAGAGAGAGCGAGAGAGAGAGAUAAUGGAUGUGUGUGGGAUGUAUAAUCUCUACAUCCUCACUUCAGUAGAAAAGAGAUUUAUUUUCUCCCGUGACAUUUGUUCAAGCAGAGACUUUGGUCGCCAUUUUACUCACAAACCACUGAUGUGUUUUCUCCUCCUGAUCUUGUGAAAGGAGUGAAAUCACAGAACCAUGUGCACUUUUUUGCUUCCUUUCUAGACUUUAGUUGUUGCCUGCACACUAACUUUUUAGAAAUAGUAACACUUUACAGUAAGAUUAUCAUGAAUAACAAACAGUGCUUUUAUUUCAUUUAUUCAUCUGGAUUCAAUUAUGAGAUUAUUUAUGAUAAUAUUCCAAAUAUUUUAUAUUGUUAGCUCGUGGUAAGCUUCGCGUUAACUUGAAUUGAAUCACAGCUCCGUCCACAUCGAUAAUAUUAACAAUAAUCAUUUACACUUUACAAUCAGGUGCUAUUUGUUCACAAUUAAUUAAUGCUUUAGCGAACAUGAGCAAUACCUCUACAGCGUUCAUGUUAAAGGGACACUACACCAGAAACAUUUAAGUUCUCUCUUCAAUUACUCGCCUUCGAGUUGAUCCUAAUCUGUAUAAAUGUCUUUGUUUGGUUGAACACAGAGAAAGAUAUUUGGUAGAAUGCUUAUAACUUAUAUGACCCACAUUGACUCACAUUGUAGGAAAAAAACAAUGAUAGUCAAUGAUCCCCCAGAACUGUUUGAUGUCGAACAUUCUUUAAAAUAUCUUUCUCUGUGUUCAUCAAAACAAAGACAUUUAUACAGAUUUGAAACAACUUGAAGGUUGAGUAAAUGAUGACAGAACUCUUUAUUAUUAAGAUCAAAACAUUGACACUGUGAACAUGAGUACAUUUUCAGUAUUGACAUGAACUAACACUAACAAGGAUUAAUAAAUGCUGGAAAACUCAAUUGUUCACAGCUAAUGUCCGCUUGUGCAUUUUCUCAUGUUAACUAAUAGCACCUUAUUGUAAAGUGUUCCCUAAUAAUCUUUUUACUGAUUCAGAGUAAACGAUAUGAACAAAGUGAAAGUGAGUUUUUUAUUGGUGCUGUGUUUAUGUGAAUGUUUAUUUGUAAUAACCACUUUGAUAUAUAUGUGUAUUGGGAAAUCAAAAGGUUUCUCUUUAAAAAGAUGAUGUUGUUUGUUGGUUUUGUUUGAGAACUUGAUCUUGUAUUCUCAAUACACAUACGUGAAGAAAUGACCAUUUACUGAUUCACUCCUGCGUUUGAUGAUGUCACAGUCAUCAUGUCUCUCUCUCUCUCUCGCUUUCUCUCUUGUAGCAUUUAUGGACAUUUUUCUGUGUAAUGGAGAAGAUCGUAUACAAGUUCUGUCAGCUCGUGUCCUUUUCAGACUUGAGCUGAAAUAUAUAUAUUUUUUUGUAUUAAUAUAUUAAUGUUAAUAAAAUAUUAUUUUGGGGGGUGAAAUACGGACGUGUUCCUGACAGGUUACGUGAGAUUCACUCACAAACUCUGAAACACGCAACAAACGGCCGAUUGGAACAAAAGAGGAGCUCUGAGAACACUUUAUUUCCUCCUGUAAAUGUUUGUUGUGUGUUUUUGUGAACGUUUCGCGGGUCAUUUUAAUAUGAACUGAUUUUGAUUUUUAACUGACGUUUUGUCUCGUGGCCAAUAAGCGUUCAUAUGUUAAUACGUCGUAGGAGGAGCUUAUUUUUGCAACAAUUCAUGUAGAACUUUGAUUUAGAUGUACAGAUUUAAUAUAUUUAAAAGAUUCACUUAAUGAAAUUUUGUUUCUUUUGCCAUUAAACGAGAGAUGUUUGACUCGAGGUUCAGACAAAAUCUCAAUAUUUAACAGUAUUUUUGCAUUAGAUUUUGUUCUAACGGGAUCUCCUCGACAAACAUUGAUUGAACGUUGAAAUCCAGAAAUGAUGUUGUGUCUUUGACCUCAGAAAAUGAUUCCCAUAUCAUCUCAGAAAUGAAUUUCUUUAGUGGUUAUUUCAACAUGUGUUUUUCCUCCUGAACAGACCAAAUGAGUGAAAUCAUCAUUGUUUCUGUUUGUGUAUUUUCAUUUAUUAUUUGUGGUCCGUAGCAUUUCAUGUGUAAGAUUGUGUUGUGAGGAAUUAUAUUUAUUAACAACGAUCAACAAAGUAGAUAAACUGAUUUUAUUUUUCCUUUUUUAUGUUCAGUUAGGAUAAAGCAUCUGUGCAAUAAUUUUUUUUUUGUAAUAAAAUAAAAGCAUCAAUGAAUUUGA